AUGGCCCCACCUCCAGGGGUGGGUCCCGCGUCUCUGCGGUUUGCUGCUGCCGCCAGCUGGCUAGUUGUCCGCCGUCGCCAAGUAGAGCACUUCCCGAGAGUGGUCCAGUUUUUGGAGUCCCUUCGCGCUGCUGUCCCUGGCUUGGUUUGCUACCGGCACCAUGAACGCCUAUGUAUGGGCCUAAAGGCCAAGGUGGUGGUGGAGCUGAUCGUGCAAGAGCGACCCUGGACCCAGAUCCUCAAUGCCCUGAAUCUUCACUUUCCAGAGUCCAGAACAACAGAACAAGAUAGGAAGCUUUUGGAGGCACAGGAAAAUUUUUGCCUGCUUGUGAAGCAGCUGUCAGAGGACCCGGCUUCGAGCCCGCAGGAACUAGAACAAGACUAUGGGGAACCCUUUCUGGUUGCCAUGGAAAAGCUGUUGUUUGAAUACUUGUGUCAGCUAGAAAGAGUACUGCCUACAGUCAGAGCACAAGAGCUUCAGGAUGUUCUAAGUUGGAUUCAGCCGGGCUGCUCCGUUACUUCUUCUGUUGCUUUGCGCCAGUAUGGUAUGGACAUGGGGUGGCCGUUUCCAGAGAGUCCUUCUGGUUCAGUGAGUCCUCCUCAGCAAACAAAACCAGCAUCCCACAGUCCUCUGCCUAAAGCUAAGCUUGGCCCUCUCCAACCAGCUUCACAGGAGCAUCCAGAACAUUUAGCUGGCAACCGCUUUAAUCUGGCCCCUUUGGGAAAGCGAAAAUGCCCAUCCCAGUGGACAUCCGCAAAGGCCUGCCACAAAGAGCGGCCCACAGUCAUGCUGUUCCCCUUCAGGAACACAGGCCUACCAUCUCAAGACAUACCUAACCCCAAAAGCAAGGAAGAACAUGAACCAGAACCAGUCUGCACUGAGAAGUCCAAGACUCCAUCACAAACCUUAGGGAAAAGGGCAUUAGAGGAGACCCCGCCUGACUCACCGGCUACAAAGCAAAAGGAGAACUGUGUGAAUUGCAUGGAUCCUCUAGGAUACUCAUCACCACCUUCUAGAGUCAAGAAACCAGUGCUAUCCCCGUCCCUAUGUAGCUCUGUUAUUACCAUAGGGGACUUGGUUUUGGACUCUGAUGAGGAAGAAAAUAACCAGAAAGAAGGGAAGGAUCUUCCUGCCAUGCCCUCCCCACCUCCUUACCAAAGGCCUUUGCCACAUCUCCAGGGCAGCUGCAGCCUCCGUCCUACAAAGUAAGAACUGCUGUGAGAGACAGCAUCGAUUCUUAAGACUUCUCAACUGCCCAUGUCAAAGUGGACUACAACUCAUGUCCUGACCAGGACUUGACCACAGCCCCACAUGGAGAAACUCAUGUCCUGACCAGGACUUGACCACAGCCCCACACGGAGAAACUCAUGUCCUGACCAGGACUUGACCAGAGCCCCACACGGAGAAACUCAUGUCCUGACCAGGACUUGACCAGAGCCCCACACGGAGAAACUCAUGUCCUGACCAGGACUUGACCAGAGCCCCACACGGAGAAAACAGUGGCUGCCGGGCAGCUGCAAACCUCUCCAGGUCUUUGGUCUUACUGAAAUGAUGUGGCCUUUGAGGCCAUGAGCAGCAUCUGCACACUCCAUCACUGCACUGAGCUGUGGAUACCCAACUCCAGUUUUCUUCCGAGUUGUACAGACAGAGCCUGGGGAGAGAUAGAAGUGAGAAUGAACGGACCUGUGGUUUUUGCCUCCCAACAGGAUAGAUGAGAUGGUAGUUCAAGGAACCAACUUACCAGGACCAAUUCCCACUUUGAUGAUGUCAGCCCCAGAGAGGAUUAGCUCUUCUACCAUCUCUCCUGUUACCACAUUGCCUGCCUGAGACAAUAAUCAAAACAGCAUUCUUAGGGUCAGUGGUAGAGAGUAGCUUUUGUGCUCUCACAUAAUCCACACUUUGACCGUGACCUUCCUAUUACAAAGAAAGGGUACCUAAAGCCCUUCUACAGGCCCUACCACCAACUUCAAGGACCUAGAUCACAGUUACCCAUCUACCUCACAUACAUACUUUGACUUAGUGCAGAGGAUAGGGGAAAACCAGGUCCAGAAUGACCUUUAAAGCAGCAAGGUGGGGCAACAAGACAAAGGGGCCUGAAAGAGCAAUUGGUGAGUCAAACACCACUCAGGUCGACAGCAGUGCCUCUCACUACCAGGUGACUACUGCCUGGUCCUGAAGCUUUCUACCUUGAAAAAAAUGGACAGAAACCGGAAUGUGGGCUAAAAUACCCAUUUGCCAACAGUAUAUGGGCAGUAUGACAUCCUCCUUCAAUGCUGUGCAGAAAAUGAAGCCUUGGAUUUCGUCUCUAAUAAGCUUCUAAAAAAUAAAACCUAGUUUUUAUAUGA